AUGGGUUUCUUGAUGCCUAUUGGGAUUCUUGUAAUGAGAAUGUCAAAUGCCUAUUGGCAUGAAAAUCAGUAUCUCAACAGAGAAGCAAAAGAAGGGGCGUAUGGUUUUAUUUCCACUGAGAUCGUCAACAUAUAUACAGGUUUACAAGCACGUAUUUGGAACUGGCAUUUCAGUGUUGAGGUUGCUGUUAUCGCAUUCAUCUAUCUAUUCCAACAAAAAUGGCACUAUAUAAAUCAAUCAGGAGUGAUUUUAGGCAAUGAAUCAGUACUAACAACGGAUCAACAAACAUCUCCAACAGAUGAGAAAAAGGAAAUGUCACCCAUGCCAUCAUCAGAGCCAUGUUAA